CAGUAUGGACAGUGAAGUCCCUCCCCAGUGCUGAAAAAAAUAUUUGACGUCCACCUUUUUGCACCCCUCUCUCUUCCCUUAUAAGUAACGAACAGUCCCUAAAGGAUCUGAACACUGUUAGCUGUGUCCAAGCAUGGGUGGAUGCUAUGGUUUGAACUUCCUCUGACAGCUACCAGCUAGCCAGGUGCCAAAAAGUCACAAUAUAUGACGAACCAUUGCUGAAUUAAGAUACAACAGUCAGAUAAUAACAGGAGCAUUUCUUUGUCUUAAAGCAGUGGAGUUAUAUUAGUGUACCAGUGUUGCUUUGGUCCACAGGGGGCCGGCCUGUGACCAGUCAGCUCUCUGUCACCGCCCCUUCCUCUAGCAGCCGCUUUUCAAAAUCCGCUAGCAGCCUGAGGAGGAUGAGACACAGCCGAGGACACAAAGCGACCACCAACCUCUCCGAUGCUGUGUGGACAUAACAGAACAAGGAGCCCCAUCAAACAACACACUGUAUCUCCAAGCUAACAGCUCAGCUAACGUCUCUGUGUGGAUAACAUCAUUCACACCUGAGGAGGAGCCGCCACGAGACACCCGGAGAAAUGUUGUAAAACUUUAUUUUAUACCCGCGUUUUAACGGUAACCUCCAAAAUUCAGCCGGACAAGGAGCCAACUGUCGUCCGAGUUCAGACACUUUGGGCAGGGUGCUGUCCUGUGGGAUGGAUGACACCCAAGAGCAGGACCACUACGAGGAGCGCCUAAAAGAAGUUUUUAACAGCUUUGAUGCCAGCAGCUGUGGCUCACUGUGCCUGGAGGAACUCUCCGACCUCUGCCAGUCCCUGCACCUGGACGAUGCCACGCCAGCUCUUCUCCAAACACUACUGCAGAGCCAGGACCGCCUCACUGCCAGGGUUGACUUCGACCAGUUCAAGAAUGCACUGAUUCUGGUGUUGUCAUCAACUAUUGAGGCGCCACAAGCAGAACAGGAGACCUUGUCAAAACCAGAAUCUCCUGAGAUCGAACCAAAGUUUGUGAAGGGCAGUAAACGUUACGGCCGCCGCUCCACGCCAGAGUUCAUCGAGCCUAUUUCAGACUUCUCUGAGGUUACAAAUGCAAACCCGGCUGAGGAGGAGGAUGAUCCUGAGGACAACUAUGACUCAGCGGUUCCCCGGAAGCGUGAGCGCUGGAAUGCUCACGAAACAAGCACAGAGGAGUACGAGGCAGAAGGUCAGAUGCAUCUCUGGAACCCCGAUGAACCAAGCACACCUCGGGGAUCCAUCGUUCCUCUGCCGACCUGUGUAGAGGAGAGACUGCGUGAAGCUUGUGACGAGCUGCACAUAUCAUGGGACGGGUGUGCCGGUCACACCGAACUGCUCGCUCUUUGUGAACACCUGGGCCUGGAGAUAAAUGCGGAUAUACUCCAGAGUCUAACCAGCGAUGGCAUAAUGAGUGUUCAGGAGUUUGUUUCCAGGGUUGUAAACCACAACAAACCCCCCACACCAUCCGCUUCCACGCCCUACAGACAACUGAAGCGACACCUUUCCACUCAGCCCUUUGAUGAAGGAGGCAGGAGGAUAGCAACCCCCUCUGCCCUGACCAGCACCAUCGGCAUGCGUCUCUUCUCCAACCUCGACGAUGGUACCGGUUUCACUCCAGUUGAAUACCUCCUGGAUGCCUGGAUAGAUGAGGGAAUAGAAAACAGCACUGAGAUCCUGCAGGCUUUGAAUUUUAACCUCGAUGGAAAACUGAGUCUGAGCGAUCUCACCCUGGCACUUGAGAAUGAGCUCCUCGUUACUAAGAAUGGGAUCCACCAAGCGGCACUUGCAAGCUUCAAAGCUGAGAUCAGAUAUCUCCUAGAGCGCGUGGACAGAGAAUUAAGGGAGAAAGAGAAGAUACGAUCUGACCUGGAGAAAGCAGAGAAACUGAAAACUCAGCUCGCCACUGAGGUGGAUGAGCGUCACUCUGCGAUCGAGCAGAUGAAUAACCUCAAUCUCAGGAAGCUUGAACAGGAGCACAAAGAGAAGCUCGCAGCAGCACGAUCAGAGCUGAUGAAGGAGAUGGACCAGAUGCAGCAGCAGGCCGACGCACAGCGCAAGGAACUGGAGGCAGAGGUGGAGAAGAUCAAAGAGGAUGAAUCUUUUCUCAGGGACCACCUCUCCAUCUCUGUGAAGGAAAACAGACGCCUUGAAAUGGAGCUGCUGGACGCCACAGAAAAACUAGUGGAGGCACAGAGCCAAAAUACAAAACUCCAGACAAGUUUGGACAACGUUAUGAAAGAACGGUUUGGGGACUUGGACCCCAGCAGUGCAGACUUUCUUCUCCAGGAGGAACGCAUCAAGGACCUACGCAGUGGCUACGAAGCUCAGUACAGGGAGCUGCAGGAUCGUAUUGAUGAGCUGCAGUCAGAGUUGCAGGAGUUUCAUAGUCUCGGAAGAGUUCAUCAACCCUGCCACAAACCUCUCUCCGAAGAGCUGGAGAGUAAAAGCCCCGGCAUGGAGUCUGAUCCAGGUAUCGGUUCAGAUGAGGUUCAGCCCUUCAGCAUGAGCCUUGAGGCAGAGAUGAUGUUAGAGCAGCUGAAGGAGCAGCACCUUCAGGAAAUGGAGGAUCUGCGAAACCAGCUGGAAAGCAAGAUCAAUGAAUUUGAUAAGAUGGUGGGAAAGCAGAGGGCGACUCAUGAGGACCAGAAGGCUGCCUUAACCCUCCAGUACCAGCAGGAGGUCCAGGCUCUGAGGGAGGAGAUGGACAGCAUUCAGAGUCACAAACAGGAGCUCCAGAGCCAGCUGGAACAGGCCGAGCUUGAGCGGACUUCUCUGGAGCAGAAGCAGGCCGAGGAGAGGGCAGAGCUGGAGAAUCUGCAAGAGGAGGAAGUGGGAACUCUGAGACAACAACUGCUAGAGGCCCACACCUACACUGCAGACCUGGAGGAGCAGCUGAAGACACUUGAAGCCCAGCAGACCGAGCUGGAUGGCAACCUCGCCAAUGAGAUAGAUGAGCUGAGGAAACAACAUGCUGCUGAGUUGAAUAAACUGGACGAAGAGCAUGAGGAGCUUCUUGAAGCCAGACUGGACGAGGAGAGAAAGAAACUGCAGGAAGAAAAGGCUGAGUUUGAGAAGAGAUUGUUAGAUGAUAGCAAGAGGGAGAAGGAGCUGUUGCAGCAAAGCCAUGAGGAUGAACUGAAGGCCAGACUAGAGGAGGCAAAGGUUAGGUUUGAGGAGGAGCGUGAUGAGAUUGUGCAGAGGCUGACAGAGCAGUGGCAGACAGAGAGGGCUCAGCUGGAUGAACAGAAUAAUGAGUCCCUGCAGGUGGUGCUGGAGGAAGAGAUGUUGAGACUUGUCAGGGAGCAAGAGGAGAAGGAGGCCAAGCUCAGGGAGCAGUGGGAGAGCGAACGAACCCAGCUUCAGGAGCGUCAGGAGGAGGCUCUGCUCGAUAGAGUGCUUCAAGAGAGGUUGCAGGUACAGGAGAUGUUUGAGCAGAGGGAGAAAAAGCUGAAGGAGGAGUGGGAGAGGGAGAGACUGCAGCUGGAGGAGGAUUACGAAGGGAUGGUACAGGACAGGCUGAAUGAAGAGAGGCAGAAGCUUGAGACUGAGAGAGAGGAGGACGAGAAGAGACUAGAACACUUACUGGCAGAGGAGAGGGCUCGUCUAGAGGAAAGCCACCGAGAGGCCCUGAAGGAGCUGACUGACAAACACAGUGAAGAGAGGGAGGCUCUCAGCACCAUGUUGGGCAAACUACAGGAUGACAUCGCUCAAGAGAGAUCUGAGGCGAGUCGUCUUGCUGAAGAAAACGUCAUCCUCAAGCAGAAGAUUGCAGCGUUGAAGGAAGAGGACAUGAAAGUACUUCAGGAAGAGCUGGUGCAAACAAUGGAGCAGUUGCAGAAAGGGAACCUUGCAGCUCAAAAGGAAGCAGAGAACUUCGAGAAACAGAUUUCAGAGCUGCGUUUGCAGAGCCAAUCACUGGAGGACGAGAACGGGCUGCUGUCAGAGAAAAAUACCCAAAAUAUUUCUGAUAUGGAGAAUCUACGCCAGCAGCUGGCAGAGCUGAUAAAUGAAAACGAGAGGAGGGAGGUGUUCACUGCUGAGGAGAAAAACAAGCUGGCAGCUUGUGUGUCGGCUCUGGAGGCAGAGCUGACCAAAGCUCUGGAGGACACUGCACAGCUGGAGCAGAGGAAUACCCAGCUGUCACAGCAGCUCUCUGACCUCAGAGAGAAGGCGGUUAAAGUAGACUUAAUGGAGAGUCAGCUCAGCCACCUGGUGGAGGAGCGGAGAAGCGCGGAUAAGGAGACCCAGGGCCUCUGCAACCAGUUACCCAAAGCUCAAGAGAAGGUCAAGACAGUGGAUGAAACUCUUCAGGCUGUGAGCAAUCAAAGCGCUCGUCUUAAGUCAGACCUUCGAGUUUUGCAGCAGGAGAGGGAUUCCCUCAAACAGGAAGUUGCAGUGCUUCACAAACAGCUGCAAAAUGUCAGCGAAAAGAACCACAUUUUGGAGAAGACCUUGCGCUCGAGUGGCGUCCACAGUCCGAGCAAGAAGCUGUACAGAGACGAGAUGUCUCGGCUGGCGGACCAGGAGCGGCAGCUGCUGAGGCAGGAGAACGACAGGCUUCAGGCUGAAGUGCGUAAUGUCAAAGGAGACCUGGUGCAGUCCAAAGAAAAGGUCCGCCAGCUGGAUGCCACCAUCGUGUCCCUGAAGCAGCACAAACAGCAGAGUCAGUCCUCGCUGGUGAAGGCCUUGGAGCAGGAGAACGCCUCUCUGAGGCAGGAGCUCGAGGCACAAAAGGAGCUCACCAAGGGCUGUGAAUCAGGACAAGGACACACAGAGCCAGAGAGCCUUCAACAAGAAAAUGAUGCACUCAAGGCCCAAAUGGCUCAACUGUCUACACAGCUGCUAGAGGCAUUUCAGGCUCAGCUGGUCGGACUUCUGCCUCCAUCACCUCACAGGAUGCCCAGGGGACAGCAUCGUGGUGAAGAUCCGGACAACAUGCAGGAUGACAGGGAGAGGAAGAUGAGGAAUAUGGAGGAGCGUAUGAGGGAAAUUGAGCUGUCGCUGCAUAACGUCAAGCUGCUGCUCAAAGAGAAGGUUGCUCAGCUCAAAGACCAGUUGCACAAGAAUGGCAAAGCAGACGUGUUGAUCAAAGACCUGUACGAGGAGAACACGCAGCUGCUGAGAGCUCUGGAGAAGACUGAGCAGCGGCACAAGAUUGCCGAGAAGAAGAACUACCUGCUGGAGGAGAAGAUCUCCAGCCUGAACAAGAUAGUGCGAGACCUGAACCCCUCGCCCCUCCUCUCACUGCCUUACCACUACAAAUGCACAUAACCUACAGGAGGAGCUUGGGAUGUGAACAGCACUUGCCAUGCCAAAUGGAAGUGUCCAAAGUCAACCAUGAAGUGCACUGGUUAUUAUUUAAAAAUGCUUUUUAAACAUAUUUUUUAUUGCUUGAAUACUUGUGCAACAGAUGCAGCCAAAUGCACAAGAAAGCCUAAAUUUUUACAGUUAAUUAUGCAGUAUUUUUAAUUGAAGCAAUAAUGAGCUCAUGUUGAACCAAAUGUGAGGUUCAAAGAAAACUGUAAUUUAUAAUUUGUUAAAUAUUUUUCAAAGCAGUAGCUGUUAAUAGUACAUAAGUAAAUAUUGUACCAUGACACUAUAUUUCUCUUUUAAAGAGAGAGUGAAGCAAUACUGAGGUGCACUUUUUAUAUAAGUGUUCUUUUGUCUGUGUUGUCAAAGAGAUGAACGUGUUAAUCUGUCUCCUCUUUCCGUCUCAAGCCUUUAUGUAAAGAAGAAACAGACCUAUCAGUGGUGAAAUCAUGUCAGCAGAACAGUCAAAUAAUCCGGUGACCUCUCCCAGGUGUUAGCUUUCAUGUACUGUUGCCUGAAGUUACAUCAAGUGAAUGUCAAGUGGCAGUGCAGGUUAUUUAAAUACAUCUGAUUCAGAUCCUGUUAACUGAUGCAAUAUGUAAAGUUUAAUGUGUAAAGCUGUGCCAUUAUGAAUGUGUUAGAUACAUGUGAAGGACUUUGUCUUUAUAAUGAAGCAGAAGCACUAAAGUUGAGAGCAGGGUAAAGUUUUGUGUUACAGGUUUAAAUAAAAUACACGGAUCAUGUCUGGUUUGA